CAUCCUUAUCAUGCGCUUUUCACUGCUUCAGAUCAGCGCCGCCCUCGGGUUGGCUGCCUCGGUCAGUGCCUCGUCACCUGGCCGCAAUGUUUUCGAACGCGCCGAGCAAUUGAGAGCAAAGGCUCCAAUCAUUGAGAAAAGAGAGAUUGGCAAGCCUUUCGAGCACCCCAGACUUCAGAAGAGAGCUUCGCCCUACCUCAACAACGUGACCGAGAAUGACAGANNGUUCUGGGUUAACGGCUCUGCUAUCCCCGAUGUCAACUUCAACGUUGGCGAGUCGUACGCUGGUCUCCUGCCCAUCAGCGGCGCAGCCAACGAGACUCGCGAGCUCUUCUUCUGGUUCUUCCCCACGACCAACCCCAACGCCACAGAAGAGAUUGCUAUCUGGUUCAAUGGUGGUCCUGGCUGCAGUUCGCUCAGCGGUCUUUUGACUGAGAACGGUCCAUUCACCUGGGAAGCUGGAACCCUUGAGCCUGUAAGCAAUCCAUACACGUGGGUCAAUCUCACAAACAUGCUUUGGGUUGAGCAACCUGUUGGUGUCGGCUUCUCUCAAGGUGUCCCCAAUAUCACCAACGAAGUCGAGCUUGGUCUUGAAUUCAUCGGUUUCUACAAGCAAUUCGUCGACGCUUUCAACCUCCACAACUGGAAGGUCUACUUGACUGGCGAAUCCUAUGCAGGUUUCUAUGUACCUUACAUCGCUGAUGCUUUCAUCACUGCCGCCGAUACCGGAAUCGCUAUCAACGACCCCAUCAUAGGCGAUGAGACAGCCCAGCAGCAGGCCGUUAUCGUUCCAUUUGUCGACUACUGGGAGAAUCUGAUUUACCUCAACGAGACCUUCUUGCAGCAGAUUCACGACCGUGCCGACCAGUGCAACUACACGUCGUACCUGGAGAAGUAUCUUACUUUCCCUCCUCCUCAGGAGAAAUUCCCAACCCUUCCCGAUCCGUAUAAUUCCGACACAUACGCCUGCGAUAUGUUCGACACCGUAUACGAGGCUGUCCUGGAGGUUAACCCCUGCUUCAACAUCUACCACAUUACCGAGACUUGCCCUCACCCUUGGUCUGUUCUUGGUGGUGUCAAUACCGGCGACUACAUCCCCUCUGGAGAGGUCGUCUACUUCAACCGCACCGAUGUUCAGAAGGCCAUCAACGCUCCUGUUGGUACCAACUGGCAGCAAUGCAGCAGUAUCAACGUCUUUGGUGGUGCCACCAACAACCAGUCCCUGAGCGAUACCAGCAAGGGUCCUGCCACUGAUGGCGUUCUCCAGCGUGUUAUCGAGUACACCAACAACACUAUCAUCGGCUCUGGUAACCUUGACAUGCUCCUCUCUACCAACGGCACUCUUCUUGCCAUUCAAGGCAUGUCCUGGAAUGGAAAGCAAGGUCUUCAGGAGUAUCCUGGUAAGGAGUUUAUCGUCCCCUACCACCCCGAAUACAACGGCGGUGCUCUCUCCGGAGCUGGCAAGGUUGGGUACUGGGGCUCCGAAAGAGGUCUUACUUUCUACCAAGUUCAGCUUGCCGGACACGAGCUUCCGGGCUACGCUCCUGGCGCUGCCUACCGUGCCAUUGAGCUCCUUCUUGGUCGCAUCGACUCUUUCGCCACUGAAGGAGACUUUACUACUCAGACUGGUAACUUCACCGGUAACGGUACCAUCUAUGCCCAGCAGAAGAUGUUU